AGGCAUGUCUAUCACCACCGACGGAUGCACUCGCGAUCCCGAUCUCUGGUUCGACGAUGGAAACCUUGUCAUCCAGGUCACAUCGCGGCUUUUCCGGGUGCAUCGCGGCGUGCUUGCCUUCAGCUCGAACUACUUUCGGGAUAUGAUCAACUUCCCCAAAACACAGGAACAAGACACCUAUGAGGAUGUACCUCUCAUUGCCCUCCAUGACGAUGAUCCACGCGACGCCGCUGAAUUUCUGAAGGCGCUCUAUAUGCCAUACUACUUUCCUGCGCCACCUGCGAAGACGACUUUCGAAACCCUUGAAGGGGUGCUGAGGCUCGCGCACAAGUACGACGUUCCUGCUCUGCGUCGUUGCGCCCUGAAGCAUCUAUCAACGUCGUUCCCCACUGACUUGGGGGAAAUUUCGAAGUGCCAGAAUCAUCCUCUUCGCCCAUAUACAUAUCUGGAGGUCGACCGAUUGCCAGAAUUGAUGGCGGUUGCGUCGCUGGCACAUGAGGUCCAUGCGAAGUGGCUCCUCCCCGCUGUUUUCCUGGAUACCCUUCAAUUCGACGCCGUCGCCCUCGGUUCCUCGCGCGAAUGGCGCGGGCGUCGGCGAUAUUUCACCCAUGCCGACCUCGUCCAAUGUUUCCAUGGACGUGACGCCCUGCAUAAGAAAAUACCGUUCUCGCUAUUCAUAUCUCCUUGUGUCGCGGGCCCGCCCGAUCAUUGCCUAUUGGCCAAGACGCGAUGCUUUGAUGAAGACGACGUAGUCACCUAUCACCGAUAUCCCUUGACAUACUUCACAGAGUGGAUGGUGCGCAAUUCCGAUAAACCAUUCUGUCAGCCUUGUCAAGAUGACAUGGGGACCAAAUACGCGCAGUGGCUAGACGAUACGUGGGCUAUGUUGCCGAAAGUUUUUGGUCUACCUGAUUGGGAUAAGCUGCUGGAACUGAAGCGACAGGAUAUGGGGCUCGUCCCCGUCUCUUCUUCCACCAACAAAGAUGGUGUCCAAAUGAACCAAGAUUGAUGCUGGGAGUAAGGUUAUAGGACUGGUGUAAUAAGGCAUCACAUCUCUGACUUUACGGUGUCGGUUACUUGCUGUGAGCGCGCGGGCGCUUUGUACGAUCCAUCUGACAAGCAGUUGUUCCAUGAAAUCCUGUGGGUGGUGCAGAAAAGGGUGUCGCCUCACCUUUAUGUAACCUCUAUACAUUCGGUGC